AGGUAUGGUAAAUUUCACCGUGCCAUGUCCUCAUCACAGAAUUCCCUGUCGGGAAAUACCAACUCUCAACCCCCAAUGUCUCAGGAUACUUUUGAUUUUCUAUGGAAAACACUGGGGGAUGCUACCAACCAUGGAGAUUUCACACAGAUUAUGACUCGUGAUGUGGAUUACCAUUAUGGCAGUAACGAUGAUGAAGGGACAUCACUCCAAAUGGACCAUUUCAGUAUUAAUCGCAACCCCGAACAUCCCAUUACAGCUGACAUGAUGUUGAAUCCAAUACUGGGUCAGGCAAGUAGUGGUAUGUCCCCUGAUUCUCAGACUAAUAUCAUCGGCAGUACAGCUUCCAGUCCAUACACAGAUUCAAUCACCUCGCCUCCACCUUAUUCACCAACCAGUAAUAAUAACAUCACAUCACCAGUACCUACAGUUCCAUCCAACACAAACUAUGCAGGGGAGUACGGUUUUGAGAUUAGUUUUACUCAACCAUCCAAGGAAACUAAAUCAACCACAUGGACAUAUUCUGAAAUGUUAAAGAAAUUAUAUGUUCGUAUGGCUACAACAUGUCCUGUUCGCUUCAAAACCUGUCAUACACCUCCACAGGGCUGUGUUAUUAAAGCUAUGCCAAUAUUUAUGAAACCUGAACAUGUUCAAGAAAUCGUCAAACGGUGCCCUAAUCAUGCCACUUCAAAGGAACAUAAUGAACAUCAUCCAGCACCAACUCAUCUUGUACGCUGUGAACAUAAAAUGGCCAAGUAUGCUGAAGAUCCAUAUACCAAUAGACAGUCAGUUAUCAUUCCUCAUGAAACGCCUCAAGCUGGCUCUGAAUGGGUCACUAAUUUAUUUCAAUUUAUGUGCCUUGGAUCAUGUGUUGGUGGUCCAAAUCGUCGUCCAAUCCAAAUUGUGUUCAGUUUAGAAAAAGACAAUCAGGUGCUAGGGAGAAGAGCUGUAGAAGUAAGAAUCUGUGCUUGUCCUGGUCGAGAUAGAAAGGCUGAUGAGAAGGCUUCUAUGCCUGUUAAACCAGUAAGCAAAAAAAUGUCACAGAACAAAAUAACAUUUGGUGCUGAAAUAACUAGUUUUGGUCCAGCUGUGAAGAAAAGAAAGAUAGGAGAUGAAGAGGUUUACACACUAAUAGUAAGAGGUCGUGAAAAUUACGAAAUUUUAUGUAAGCUUCGUGAUUCACUAGAGUUAUCAGCAAUGGCUCCCCAGACGCAGGUAGAUGCUUUGAAACAGAAUCAAGUUGACAUCCACCGACAGGUGACCCAAACCAGAAUGGUAUCUAUACCAAGCCAAGAGAGAUCUUCAACACCUCAGAACAAUGAAAGACAGAGUUCUCUCCCUUUCAAUACAACAACAGAUCCUAACCAGGUGACCAGUUCUCAAUUGAGUCAGGAAUUUAUGGAUGAGGUAUUAGGAGAACCUGUAUUGGUAAAGGAAGAACCUGCUGGUAGAAAUGGUGUGAUGGCCAUGUCAGAUAACUCUAUUGCUGGAUGGUUAUCACAGUUGGGUCUAGUGGCUUAUAUUGAUAACUUCCAACAACAAGGAUAUAAUCAUAUGUUUCAACUAGAAGAAUUUACCCUGGAUGAUCUUGAGCAUAUGAAGAUUGGCACAAGUCAUCGUAAUAAAAUCUGGAAGGCUCUAAUUGAGUUCAGAAAUAACCAAAUGGCAGAUGUAGGUUUACAACGAGACUUCAGCAGCGCCUCCACCGCCAGUAUGAAUUCACAAGCCAGUAUCAGUCAAAACAGCACUUACUGCCCAGGAGGAUUUGCUGUCACCAGAUACACAUUUAAACAUACCAUCUCCUUUCCCAGAGAUGAUGAAGAAUCACUAUCGAAGAAACCAAAAGUUUAAAUUUUAGGUCGGUUUUUAACAAAGGUGCAAACUAGUUUGAUGUAUUUUUUAAGUUGCUAUGAAAUAUAAGUGCAUUGUAAAUUUUAAUGAUAAAUCAUGCUCAUGGAAAUUCAAAUCUCAUUCCUAAACAUUCCAUAAAAAAUUGCAAUAUGAAGAUGCAUUUGCAAUUUUAUUUUUUCCUUGCAUAAUGAUAUUCAUAUAUAAUGAAUAUAUAAGGAAUGUGUGUAUUGAGCCUAAAUCAUGAGGCAAUUAUCAUUUUAAAGAGAUAAUAUUUAGAAUUUGACUGCCAACUAGAAAUGGUAUUCUUGUGUUCAUUUUUAACUUUUAUGUUAAAGAGAUGAUGGUGUUCAAAGAAAAAUAACUUGUGUUAUUUUUACAUAAAAUCUCGUAUUUCAAAAUAGAAACAGACCAAUGGGACAGUUGAAGAAAACAAUAUCCAUAAGAUAAGAAAAGAUUGUAGGGUAGAAGGCGUUUCAGGGUUGAGUUAUUGACCUACAGUAAUACAUGAUGCCACUCUGCUGAGGAUUCCCUACAUUCAAUUUGGCUGAAACAUUCCCCAUUGCUGUAUCUAUUUUGAGGAGAAUCCUGGUCUUUUAAAGACAAUGUCCGUCCAACCUUAGAAAUGUUAUCAUUAGGUGAUGUUGUUUGUUC